AUGCCCGUGCGCUACGAUCGCGCGCGCUGCGUCCUUGAGUUGCUCCUGAAGCAUGAGAAGGGGUCCGCGCCGGCGGGGGAUCCUGAAGUCCCGGAGCAUGUAGCAGCAGACAAAGUGGCGUGCCGCGGCCGGGAGGUGUUCAUCCACUUCGCCAGGGGCCAGCGGAGCGGCCCCGGAGGGCGCGGCCGGGAGUCCCUCGUCCUGCUCGCCUUCUCUUGCGCCGACGCGGACGCGUGGGCGGCGGCUGUUUGUGCCGCCGCCUCCGUGGCGCUCAGGUCGGUGCUCGCGCUGCCCGUGGAGUGGGACAUCAUUGCCAUGCUCCAGCGGGGCUGCGCGGACGGCACCCGCCUGGUGGCGAAGGUGCCGCUGGACGCGCAGUCCGUCCGCGCCGUGCAGAGGCUGGUGGACCACGCGUUCAUCCCGAAGAAGACCCGCGACCGGGACGGCUACGAGAUGCCCCUGCGGCUGGAGGUGGUGGAUGUUGUGAAGGUCCAGAAUUCCGCGACAUGGGGCGCCUACAGCAAAACCAGGGCUGCCAUCGCCUCGCGCGUGCAGACGCUGAGGCCGCUGUUCCCGGCAGUGCGCACCGCCACCACCGAAGGCGCGCUGAUCGCCACGCUCGGCGACGUGGACGCCAAGGUGGCCGAGCAUUGGCUGUUCCACGGCACCUCCUCGCAGGCCGUGCAGGGCAUCACCAACACCGACUUCAGGCUGGACCUCGCGGGCAGCCACCGAGGCACCCUCUACGGGCGCGGGCUCUAUUUGGCCGAGUGUUCCAGCAAGGCCGACGAGUACGCCACCGCGGAGAGCGACGGCCUAUGCCGCAUGCUGCUCUGCCGGGCCGUCCUGGGCAGGAUGCUGGUGGAGUGCGCCAGGCGCCCAGGGCGCACUGAGGAGCUGGAGGCGCGCUGUGCCAGCACCUCCCCCGACUCGGAGUACGACUCUCUCUGCGGCGACCGUCUCCAGGCCGUUGGCACGUACCGGGAGUUCGUGGUGUACAAUUCGGGGCAGGUGUACCCAGCGUACAUCAUCGUGUACAGGCGCACCACGCAGACGGUUGUGAUGCUUGGCCCGCUCGCCCAAGUAGCGUCCGCCAGCUUCGCGGGCAGUUGGCUGGGGGGGGCCACUCGCGCAUGCCGCUGUGACUGUGCGUGCGCCUGCCACACCAGCUCCGACGACGGGGCCUUGAAGCUGCUCGAGAAGCAGCUCGACAGGUGCGGGCCCGAGCACCUGUGCCCGCAGUGCCCGACCUGCCCGCAGUGUCCAGGGCCUCCCCCUUGCCUGCCGCUCUGGCCUGCUGGGCUGGGCGGCUUCGUGGCGGGCGUCGCCACCACCGCGCUCGCGGCGCUGGUCGCUGGGCGCAGCAGGGGCCGCCGCGAGGGGGCCCGUCCGGCUCGCGCCAUCGGGCCGAGCCCGCCGUUGGGCCUCGCGGACGGGCCCGCGUCGUCUGUGCCGGCGCCGGCGCUGGCCGCUGCCUCGGAGCCGAGGGCUCCUGCGGCGCUGCUGGGCGCGGCCGGGGCCCGCGCGGACAGCGGCAUGUCGUCGCUCGCGCCUGGGACCUAUGCUUUCGUGCAGUACAAUGACCCGGCCGACAACGGGCUCUGGCAUGAGCGCUUGAUCUUGGGCUGGGUCACUGCAUCGGAGUACAUUGUGAUGACCCCAGAUGGGGAUGUCUUCAUAGAACAGCUCGACUCGGCGAGCGCGGACCUGUCAGGUAUCCGUUUUUCGCCUUCGUCGGGGGGCUUGCCUGCUGGCCUCGCGGGUGCGCCGCUCUACCGCUUCGCGGCGCAGCCUGCUGGGGCCGAGCUGACAGCGCUGCUCAACGAGGGGGCUUCGCACGCUCGCGUGGAGCGCCAGGCGAGGGGCUUGGCGCAGCCGCCCGGUGCGGGCAUGGCUGGCGGCCCGGGCGGCGUUGCCCCGGCGGUGGUGCCGAUCCCGCUGCCGGUCGCGCCGCCCCCAACGGCAGCCGGCGCGCCCCCGCCGCCUCCGCCCGCCCCGAGGGUGGCGCCCGCCGCGGGCAGCUGGGUCUUCGACGUCCCUGGCCCCUCGCACGCGAUCGGGCAGGAGUUCCUCUUCCCUGCGGGCGGGCUGGACUUCGGGGGCCACGCGUUCGUCUCGGUGGGCGGGGCGAUCACCACGGGCUGCUUCGUCCAGGCGGACACGAACCUCGACGAGUGGGCGGCGGAGCGGCAGCUCUUCCUGAUGCAGGGCGAGCCGCGUCUGCUGCCCCGGCGGCAACCUGCGGGGCCAGUCCCAUUCACCCGCGACGCGGCGUGGCUGCACAAGGACCCCCGGGUUGAGAUCCACCUGAAGGGGCCGCCGACCAUGGGGGACUCGGUGACCGCGCUGAUGGCGCGGAGUCCGGGGGGCUUCAUGUCCUCCCACGAGCGCUGGCUGGUCGAGAGCAGGGUGCCCGCAGCUAGCCGCUCGGCCCGUGAACAUCGAGUUGUCUCGAAGGCGCUCGAGCUCGGACAGGCGGUGGACGGCAUAAACCUGGCGAACCUCACCUGCAUGGAGUACCUCAACAGGCGUCGCCAGUUGCUGGAGGAGGCCCACAAGACCGACCCGGGCAAGGGCAACUUCGAGGGCGCCCACCACUUCAUGGGCGAGGAUGACGAUGGAGCGGGCACACUCGUCGCCCCGAGCCUCCGCUCGCACGUGGCCGGCCAGUUCGGCAAGGAGGCGGACAUCGAGCAGCCGCCCGGCUUCAGGCCGCCGCCGGGACUUCCGAGGCCGCCCGGCUGCCUGGACGAUCUCUUCCCCCUCCCGCUGCUCGACCCGCAGGAGGCCGAUUUUGGCGGCUCCGGCCGCGCCCGCACCGGGCAACGAAGGAGAUGCAUCCGUCGGGACGUGCUGAGUGACGUGAACGACUCGCUGAUGGGCCUCAAUGCUCUGUACGGCUGUGAGCGCUCGUCGGUUACCGCGCCCACCGAGGUGACUCGGGCCGAGGCUCACCGCGCUGGCAUCCCCGUGAAGGACCUGGGUAGCACGAGCGACUUCGUGUACCCGGCGAUGCAGGUGCCCCCGAUGGGUUGGUCCUGGGCCUUCUGGUUCGUCCAACGUCUUCAUCUCGAGGUGGUGCGGAGGUCUGGGGUCCCCUCUACCAUGGUUGCUACUGGAUCCUGGCCUCUUCCGUCUGUCGUCGAGGGCCCAAUCGAGGCCCCGUACUCAGACAACGUGAAUGUGUUCGGGUUGGGGCCGGGGCCCGUGUUAGCAACGCGUGAUCGCAUCGUCGCCCAGUUCGAGGCGGAGGGGUUCGCCAUGCAUGAUAUCUCCGAGGUGUCGUCCGAGGGCGUCGUCCUGGGAGCUGACGUCGGAGGGCCGGACCCUUUCACCCGCCGCUCUCUAAAAAAGCUGCUGGUGGUCAGGAAAGCUCUGUUCUGGCUCGCAACGGGCCCGUGCGUAAGCGGCCGUCAGCUGGAGGUUAUCUUGGGACAUUAUGUCGCUGCCUGUCUCUUCUGCCGUCCAGGCUUUUCGAUCAUGCGUGCGGUGUACGAGUUUGUCCGGGCUUCUUACGACAGGCCCAAGGUGCUCUGGAGAAGUUGUCGUUACGAGUGUUGGCUUAUGGCGACCCUUUGCAUCCAUCUGCAGUCUCCCCUGUCUUUGCCGUGGGCGAGUGAGGUCAUCGCUACCGACGCGUCCACCACCGGGAUGGUCGGCUCUGGGAGCGGCCGGACGCUCGGCCGCCCUGUGGGCCGCAUGCUCGGCCCGCUCAGCGUGGCUGGAGGGACUGCGCCCUGCCUGGAGGACAGCCACGGGCGCGCGUCGACCACCAAGGGGGUCCAGCGCGCCGUGCGGAAGGCUCGCGCUGUUCGUCUUCCAGCUCCAGCCGCGCCGAGGCGGGCCAGGCUGGGGAGGCCCGCUGCCGCGCCGGCGCUGCGGCGGCGCCCGGCGGCGGUGGCCGCGCCUGUGCCGCUUCGCCGCCCAGCAGCCGCUGGCGCGCCCGCGCCGAUGCGCCGCCCGGCCGCGGCGCCCGGCGCUGCCGGGCUUCGGCCCCGGCUGGCGGCGGCGGUGGCGACGGUGCGGACCUCGAAGGUGACAGCCACGAUCCCGUCGGCCUGCGAGCGCGCAGCCGUCGGAGCCUCGGCCAGGCUCUCCUACCAGCAGUACUACGCGGCCUUCCUGGCGUUCGUGGGACAGCCAGCCGACGACCUCGAGGCGCUCGAGGUGCAGGUCCUGGAGGUCCUCGACACGUUCUUGGAGGCGGGCUGCACGAAGGGGGACGCGGACUACCUGGUCGCCGCCGUCAAGGACGCGCUGCCAAGGGCGACGGGGCCGAGGGCCUUGCCUCGCGCGCAGCGCGCGCUGAAGGGGUACGGCAAGAAGGUGCCCCCGAGGUCGCGGGCUCCCGCGCCCCGCGAGGUGGUGGGCUCAGCGAUCUCGGGACUCCUCUCGGUGAACGAGCGGGACGCCGCGCUCCAGGUGCUCACGAUGUUCAGCACGUUCAUCCGCCCGGGAGCGCUGAGGAAGCUGCUGGUGAGGGACCUCUUGCGGCCCACGAGGGCCGGGGGUGCCAUGGCGGUGUGGUCGCUCCUCCUGGCGCCGACGGCGGCCGACCCGCUGGCCCCGCUCGCCCACGAGGCGGACCGCGCCCGCUUCCUGACCAAGACGGGGACGUCCGACGAGGCAGUGCCGCUCGACAACCCGCCCUGGCUCGGGCCUCUGUUGGCCCAGCACGCACACGGCCGUCCAGGGCAUCUGUCGCUGUUCACCACCCCCGCGGUCGACAUGGCGGUGCUGUUUCGCAAGGUCACGGCGGCUCAGGGGCUGCAGGAUGUGUGCCUAUACCAGUUGCGCCACGGCGGUGCGAGCGAGGAUGUCCUCUCGGCCCGCCGCACCCUCGGGGAAGUAAAGUCGAGGGGGCAUUGGAGCCAGGACAGCAGCGUCAAGAGGUAUGCAAAACCCGGGAUGGUUCAGCAGCUGUUGUCGGCGCUGUCACCAGCCGCCCGAACGCACGGCGAGGUCCAGUGGGCGAGGCUCGAGGACCUCUUCGCGGGGCGCCUUCGCUCCUCGUGGCCAGUGCAGUAG